CUUCCCACAAAACAGGGCUAUGUGCGAGGAGAAAGUCCGUCAGUGCAGGGAAAACGAGUCUAGGGGGCACUUCCGAGCAGGCGGCGGAGCUGAAAGAUUGCAAAGGGCCAGGCAGCAAGAGACAAAGAGAAGGCAGGACAUGAGCGAAGGAGAAGGGACGCAACAGGGGAUCAGCUGAGUUAACCCAGGCGAGAAAAGCUCUUCCCCUCCUGGCACAUCCCCAGGAGGCACAGGGCCAGGCUCCCCGUUCCGCCAAAAAGACAAAAGGAGCCACUGGCCCCAUGGGGAAAGGGGGUGAGAAAGGAGAGGAGUCCGGGGAGCGUGAGGCGCAGCUCCGCUUCUACACCUGGGAGGAGAUCCAGAAGCACAACCUGAGGACGGACAAGUGGCUGGUGAUAGAGCGCAAGGUUUACAACAUCACCAAGUGGGCAAACAGGCACCCGGGGGGCCACCGAGUGAUCAGCCACUGCGCCGGCGAAGAUGCCACGGAUGCAUUCCAAGCCUUUCAUAUCAAUCCCACCUUGGUGCGAAAGUUUCUCAAGCCAUUACUUAUUGGAGAGCUCGCUCCAGGGGAACCCAGCCAGGACCGAGACAAGAACUCCCAGCUGGUGGAGGACUUCCGAACCCUGAGGAAGGCAGCCGAGGAUAUGAAUUUAUUCAAAGCAAGCCCUUGGUUCUUCUCCCUUUACUUGGCCCAUAUCAUUGCAAUGGAAGCUUUGGCUUGGUUAAUGAUUUCAUACUUGGGUACCGGCUGGAUCACAACUCUCAUCCUUGCCUGCAUCCUUGCAACUUCCCAGACCCAGGCAGGCUGGCUGCAACAUGACUUUGGACACCUUUCCGUCUUUAAGAAGUCUGGGUGGAACCACAUAGUCCACAAGUUUGUGAUUGGGCACCUGAAGGGUGCCUCUGCAAACUGGUGGAACCACCGUCACUUCCAACACCAUGCCAAGCCCAACGUAUUCAAGAAGGACCCAGAUGUGAACAUGCUACAUAUUUUUGUCCUCGGAGAUUCACAGCCCGUUGAGUACGGCAAGAAAAAGCUGAAGUACCUGCCUUACAAUCAUCAGCAUGAGUACUUCUUCCUCAUCUUCCCACCUCUGCUCAUCCCUGUGUAUUUCCAAAUCCAAAUCAUCUCGACCAUGAUCAAGCGCAGGUUCUGGGCGGACCUGGCCUGGGCUGCCAGUUACUACAUGCGCUACUUCAUCAUGUACAUCCCAUUCUAUGGCGUUCUGGGAUCCCUGUUUCUCCUCACUUUUGUCAGGUUUCUGGAGAGUCACUGGUUUGUGUGGGUCACCCAGAUGAAUCACAUUCCAAUGGAAAUCGAUAGCGAGAAGCACAGAGAUUGGCUCAGUUCUCAGCUGCUGGCUACUUGCAAUAUUGAGCAGUCCUUUUUCAACGACUGGUUCACCGGGCACCUGAAUUUCCAAAUCGAGCACCACUUGUUUCCAACGAUGCCACGCCACAAUUUCUGGAAGGUUAAACCUUUGGUGAAGUCGUUAUGUGCCAAGUACGGAGUCCAAUAUGAAGAGAAGUCUCUUGGAAAAGCAUUCAUUGACAUCAUUGGGUCUCUAAAGAAAUCUGGAGAUCUCUGGCUGGAUGCUUACCUCCAUAAGUGAACUUGAAUCUUAAUGGGGAGAUAGUCAAAGAUCCCAGCUCCUUCCAGAAAUAGAGCUUGGGAGGCUCAGAGCACCAGCAGAGCUUCACAUGUCCAGAUACCAUUGCUCCUGGCUGCAGGGGAGAGUGGAGAACUCAUUCUCUUCUAGGAUCAGGCUGACCGAAUCUUAAGUCUUCAUUAGAACAAAAGCAUCCUUUCCUGCAACAAGCUGUCCGGUCCUAGUCAUAGCCUCUUCCAGCAGAUGCUUUUCUAAGAAACCCAUCCUAACAGAGCCCUAACACUUAAGAUGUUUUCUAGUUGUUAAGACAUUAAAACCACAUUCCACAUAGGACAGCUCCUAACUAUUUCAUUCUUAAAAAAAAAAAAAAAGUUUCAGUAACUCAGAAGGAACUAUUUUUUCUAGUGUAUUCUAUUGCUCAAUAAAAUCAUAACUGUUUGUUGAUCAUAAAAA